AUGUCAGUUUUUUAUCACUUCGGUCAGGAAUUUGAGCGAGUACGCAGUCUGACCGUCUGCGAUGGCCUGCACAUCUCGCUUUCUUCAUCGUCUGGAAACCAUUACAAUAUUGGACGUUCUCCAUACACCCUUCUUGCCUUUGAAGCUGGUGGAGCACUGACUGCUACUCAAAUUCACGAAGAUGGUCUGUGGCAGGUGAAACACCCACCAGGAUCUCAGCUGCUCCUCGCUCUCGUUGACUCCUUUGGAAAUUCAGGUGGGGUGCUCCCCGCAGUCUUCAUGGUUGCAUCAGGAUCCUCAGACUGUCUUCCCGCGCUUCCCGUAUUUGCAGUUGCUCCGACGAUUACAACAAAUGUCACCCGUGUCGAGCCUUGUGAUUCCUGGCAAAUGUCCAUCUCAGGCGGAGUCCCACCAUACACCAUCAUGCUCGCAUCUCCCGGGGCCACAUCUCUGCAGGAUAUUGCUACGCCACAAGAGUCUAGCCUGGUUUCAUUUAUAAAUAGCGACAUCGCACUAAGAGGACCUACUAUAGGUGCGUCGCAGUCCUCGGCAAUCUAA